CCCUCGUCUUGUCCUAUUUUUCCAUACUCCGGCCCGAAUACAGAUCGCUAGAGAAUCUGGAGUUCCCCCGCGAAUUGCCUCGUCGGUCGUGCGCUUUUUUAUAUUUUUAUUGACAACAACUUUAAUCGACACAAAAAAGGCCCGUUGCAACUGGUACACAACAGUCUGAAGGCGAAUAGCCGGGAACCCUGCGAACCGGUUCGAGCGGGCAGAGACCUCCGAUGUGCCUGAUCUAGAGACGCGCGCGGCGACUCAAGGUACAACCCGAGGCUUUGCGUCCCAUCUUCGACUCGACUACCACAGCGACUAGGUGUGGGGUUCAAAGAACAAAGGAACAUCCAAGGCACCGAUCGUUUUAGCCAGCGAGAAACUUUUUUUGGACUUUUUUUUUUGUUACUUUCCUUACAGCAAAAACAAGACAGCCAAACAUGACGACUGCCGUGAAGAGGGCGUGUGACGCCUGCCACCGUCGCAAAGUCAAAUGCGACGGCAUCAACCCGUGCAGAAACUGCUCGUCUGCCCAGCUCUCGUGCACCUACAAUGCGAUUCCACAGAAAAAGGGGCCCAAGGGCUCGCGAGCCAAGGUCAUCAGCGAACUUCGAGAAACGCAACGUCAGACAAGCCUGGCAACGAAAGUACAUAACCGCCUCAAUGGCGCCCCGAGUCCACCGGCAAGCCCGGCGCCGGCACCAUCUCGCGGUCUGUUGACCAAGGAGAUGGUCAGCGCGUGUAUCGAGUUCUACUUCGCCAACAUGUUCUCCAUCAUACCUAUUCUGAACCGACAGCAAGUCGAACACGACCUUGGUGUAUGGGAGACCGAUCCCGAGACGUACAGCCUCAUGACGUCCCUUUGCGCCUUCAUGAUGCUCCAGCCUGGCAUGUCGAUGCCAGGUGGCGACCCUUAUGGCCUGGAUGCGCAACCCGGAGCCAGCAUUGUGUCAGCUCGUCUGCUUAUGGAGGAGACAUCCCGCGUGCGCCGACUUUACGAUCAUCUCGAGAAGCCAAGCCUUAACAGCGUCUGCACUAGCUACUUUCUUUUCGCGUGCCAUUACGGAUUGGAGGAGCAUGAUAGGGCUUGGUAUCAUCUGCGUGACGCUCUAACCGUUACGCUCAUGUUUGGGAUGAACAAGGAGGAAUCGUACCUUACUGUGGACAACGCUACUGCUUCACGGUGGAGGCGCCUCUACUGGUUGCUCUACAUGACAGAAAGGUCCUACGCCAUACAACGCGGCCGUCCGCUGUCACUGCAGGCCACUGUUAACUUGCCGACACUGGGAGAUGGGCCGAUGGAUCCUUUCGGAACUCAACUGAGCAGUUUCUUGCUUCUGAUAACUAUAUUCCGGCAGUUCGACGACCAGUUCACAAAUCUUUGGUGCAAGAGCAGGAACAACUGCUCGUCCAGCUAUAUCAACACACUGCACAAGAACUUCAACGAGGUGUUGCCACACUACCUAAACAACGUAGACCCCCAGCUGGCUGAUGCUCGAAACAACCAGGCUUGGCUCAAAAACCUUAUUUGGCAGCUGAGCAUGGCCAAGACCCAGAACGUCAGCGAUACGACAGUUCAAUAUCCCGUGGAUCUGCAACGAGAGCUCGUGGCAAUGACCGGAGCCUUCUCUACCCAGAACACGGAGUUGAUAAACGCCGGCUUUAUUGAAAAACUUUGCGAAACCUCUUCGUCUCUGAUUGACGUCUUGACAGUUCAGCCUGCAACCCAAAACCCAUUUAGCCCGUUCAAUCCCCGCGAGACCUUGCAGCAGAUUUUCAACCUCGUUGGAGUCAUUCGAAAAGACGAGUCCCGGUUCUUGCCACUGCUUCUCUGCAAGAUGCACGAGGUUAUCCCUCGCCUCAUUAGUCCGAUGCUUCAGCACAUGCCUGACAACAUGUGCAGCGUCGAUAUUUUUGAUGGCUUUGGCAACGCAGGGAUGGGCCAGCCAAGCACGAUGCAGAUGGAUGACUUCGACUACAGAUUCCCGGAGCCAUCGAUCAAGACGGAGCCUGGGACUUCGUCAGGCGCAAGCGUUCCCUCAGUCACAGAUAUGCACUCGCCAUUCAGUAGUUCGCCGCCUGUGAUAUCUCCUCAAGUCGAGUACCCGCAAGGGAUCACACAGGAUUUCAAUCCCAUAUCGGACAUGAUGAGCCCUGUUGGUCCUGGCCAACAGCUGAAUGGACCUGGAGGCAUGGGAUCUCAUCAGACACAGCACCGCAUGCCGCAGCCACCGCCGCAGCAGCAUCAUCAAUAUACACCGACUUCGGCUCACAACCAUCCUCCUAAACCAACAAUUCAAACAAUGGGUCAUAACAUGUCUACCCAUCAUCAAAAUAGCCUCCAUGGCGGAAUCAAUCAGCCAUCCAACAUACCAGGCCAGCAUCCGUUACCGCAACAGCCCCUUACCAGUGCCGCCGUAAGAGGACCCCAGCCGUUCAGUCCUGCAGGAGCAAUGAAUCAUUCGAUCAUGCCGGGUGGACCCGCUAUGUUAAUGCGGCCACAGCCACCCCAGCGAUCAAAUAGUUUUGCAAUGCCUCCCCCAUCGAACAAUACACAACUGAGAACUGUUGGGGACUUUCAAACCCUGCAGAGGACCAACUCUGACAUGAGCGUCUUGACCAACUCAAUGGGUGUAUCCAUGGGAGGUGGUGGCGGAGGUAUGAUGGGCACUGAAAUUGAUUUUAACACGUUGUCGAGGUAGUACAGGUUAUUGAGGAGUCUAGCCGAGCCUUGGCGACUCCCAAAAUAACUUCCUGGUCAAGGUCUCCUCGAAGCAUUACACGUCUGACUCAAUUCUGAGUUAUACUCACCUCGACACUCCCCCAAUCCUUCGGGUUCUUAUACACGAUACCCCCUUUUCCCAAACAAGCGUUUUGUUGACUGGUUUUCUGCUCUUGUGAUCUCUCUUUCGUCUAUAUUUCCUUUGUCAGGCUGGUUUAUUUGGUUGGGUGAAUUUGAGUUUGGGCGUCCAAGGAUAUACGGUCUUGCGUCUCCUCUGCUCCGAGGCAGGCGGUUCUAAAAAGGAUGCAUGUGAGGAUAACUUUCUUGGUGUUUCAACCUGCCCUGUAUAGUGGAACUUUGGGUUUUUUUUCCUUUCCUUUGUGUGAACAUAUCUAUAUCUGUUCCUGGCUGUGGUCUGACAGACUUGGCACAUUAUAUCAGAAUGGUGGAGAAGACUCUUUGAGGAGAGGUCAAGGGAUAUGGGGAAGGUAUUUCCUUUGUUGAUUGCUUGGAGGUGAUUGUAGCGGCGGACUUGUUGGAGUGAAAGUCGGUUGAUAUUAGGUUUAUUGAGGGAUUCCAGAGUAUCUAUCUUUCGAGAGGAAAGGUUAAUUUUGGAUAUGGAAGACGGUAUAUAUAACACUUCGGUGGUUUAUAUAGAUGGUUCGACACUUGGCAGUGUGCCAUGGACAAGUUGGUCGAUGGAUUCAUAGAGAUUAGGUUCGAAUCAAUUCGUUGCCAAGUAUA